AUGUUGGAACUCGCUCGGCUUGGGUCGGGGCAUUCACUUUCCGAUAAAGCGAAAGUGAGAGGGUCACCUCACCGUGUCGAAUAUCCGAGAUACGAAUUCAAUCUUUGGUUGACAAAUGUAGCUGUAGCAGCUGAAAACCUUAUGACUGCUGCCAAAGUUCCGCAUAAUUUUGCCUUGGGAACUAUGAAAGACCCGAUGAACUCUGACCCGGGUCUACAGGUCGCGCACACACAAGAAGACACCAACGAUGUAGGCUCCAGUUCAGAAGGAGGAGCUCCCGGAACUCAAGCCGUAGACCGCGGAGCACCAUCCGCUGAGGAGACAGACGUGGAUGAUGACAAAGAGAAAACGACUAGCGACGAUACCGCCGCUGAAGAAGUAGAAAAGGAAACGUCAACAACGACCACAACGACCACGACGACUGAAGCCCCAACAGCGCAACAAGAAUCUUCGGAGGAGGAUCCAUCGGCGGCUAAGGAAAGAUUCGGUCGAUUUAUGUGUCUUCCGGUGGCGCGAUCGACACCCGUCUGUGGGACAGGUCAGAGCAAUUUCAGGGAGCAAUUCAACGAGAACACCGCUUUUGUGGACGGAUCAAUGAUUUACGGCAGCAGUGACCGAGACCAGUUUCUUUUCCGUCAAGGCGCGUUCUUGAAAACGAAACUCGUCAAAAAUCGAGUCUUUCCACCAAUUGAUACCAACAUGAAUGUGGUGGCUGGCGAUGAUCGGGCGAACAUAUUCGUCGGCUUGGCUGCCCUACACACCCUUUUCCUCCGCGAACAUAAC